GAAGAUAAGAAAACAGGAGGAAAGAAGUGUAGAACGAGAGAAGGUGGAGAAGUGCUUGGUGAGAGGAGCGGAGUCAAGUAUGACAGUCAUACAGUGGAGGAUGAGACGACAACAGUGAAGGAAAAGUCAUGAGAUGACAGUUGUGUUCGGGUGAGAACAGCAGUGAAGAGGAGCUUAUGGGGGAGAAAGAGCCAAGUGUGGACAGGAGGACGGUGACACCGGGAGGAGGAGUGUCGGGAGCAGAGAGAGUGCAGGAGGAACAGGCUGUUACAUGUCAGCGGGUUCCGUGUGUGUGACGCGUUCACUGACAGCAUCAGGUGUGAGAAAUCAUGCCAUUAUUGCAACGUCUGAACACACACUACUGCGCACACGAUCGCGUGCACGAGCGGGCGCGCGCACGCACCCACGUGCAGGCGCACACACCCAGGGCUUAUGCCGUUAAAGCAAAGACAACCGUGAAGUUGUUGGGGCAGAAGUUUACGUUUGGACACUCAACUCUUUCCACUUGGCUUCUUCCUGAGCGGCGCGUGCAAGUCUGGACAUCCAGCCUGAUCACACAGAUGCACAGUUGACGGAUCCCUCCGCCAACACGCUGCUCAGCGAUUCCCUGAAUUACGGCAUGUCCAUAAAGACAUACGUGACACUGAAAUAUCUUCAGAAAAAAAACAAAAAAAACAAUGAAUGUGUGCUCGGUUUAACAGUCACGAAUGGCGGCGGGAUUGGAAAGUGAAUCAUUUAUCAUUCAUAUACUUAUGUCGUUGCGCGGAUAUAAUUUUCUCAACUCGAAUAAGACGAACAAAUACAGUGUGGCCAUUAUUUUCACCGAGCGUUAUCGCUGUGAUAGUCCCAUCUAACGCGCACGCAAUAGUUUUUGGAACUAUACUUGGCCAGUCCCAAUGACUGGUCGGGGAGAGGCAUCGGAGGCGGAUGUUCAUCUCCCUCAUGUGUGGGUGUUCUACGGCUCCCCGGCUUCCAUCUAUCCACGCUGCUCCACUCUUCAUUGUACUGACCGGGACGCAUCAAUUAUCUGAGAAUGUGGAUUUCUUUGGCAUAAAUGACCUCAACUCCAUCGCCUCAGUGAAGACUGUACCAACCGACGGCGGCUGACUGCAAGUUUAGAGCCCGGUGGAAGCAAGCGGAGACACAGCGAGCAGCCAUGCCCUCUGUGAUGGAGCGUUCGGGGGCCGGGGUCCUAUCCAGGAGCAGGGCAAAGACGGUAACCAAUGGCAACAGCCAGCCUCACUCUGAGGAGGAGAGCAGUGAUGAGGAACACACUCACGACAGUAUGAUCCGAGUGGGAGGAGACUACCAGGCCCAGAUCCCAGAGUUCAAACCAGACAGUCCCAACAGAUUCGACAAAGACCAGCGGAGCAUGUUGGUGUGGUGUCCCAGCAGCCAACUCUCGGACACCAUGUUGGACGAGUACAUCCUGAUGGCCAAAGAGAAGCACGGCUACAACAUGGAGCAGGCUCUGGGUAUGCUGCUGUGGCACAAGCACGACGUGGAGCGCUCACUGGCAGACCUCGCCAACUUCACGCCCUUCCCAGACGAAUGGACCGUGGAGGACAAGGUGCUGUUUGAGCAGGCGUUCAGCUUCCACGGCAAGAGCUUCCACCGGAUCCAGCAGAUGCUUCCAGAUAAACUCAUCUCCAGCCUGGUGAAGUACUACUACAGCUGGAAGAAAACCAGAACCAGAACCUCAGUGAUGGACCGGCAGGCCCGGCGGCUCAUCAGUAAGCGAGAGAAGGACGACAGUAAUGACGACAUGGAAGAAGGAGAGCCAGGCAGCGACAGCGACUUCGAGCUGGAUGCGAAAAAAGAGGCGUCCAAGCAGACGCCCAGCAGCACCGGCUCGGACAAACUGACCCCAGGCCGUACUGGUCCAGUUAAGAAGGAGAGCCUGGGAGCCCAGUACAGGCACCACCCGCUCCGAGCUCGGCGCCGGCCUCCGAAAGGCAUGCAUCUAGAGCAGGCUGACAUCACCUCAUUGUCGGCCUCCCACGACGCCGGCGUGAUGACCAUCAGACAGCUGGACACUCAACUGGUGUCCCUGAAGAGACAGGUUCAGAGCAUCAAGCAAAUGAACAGCAGCCUGAAACAGAGUCUGAGUGAAGGGGUCUCCAGCAUGAGACCAUCCGAGGGGACCCUAAAAAUGAACUCUCGCUGGACGAGUGAGGAGCAGCUGCUGGCUGUGCAAGCCAUACGCCGCUACGGCAAGGACUUCUCAGCCAUCGCCGAGGUGAUCGGGACCAAAACAUCUGCUCAGGUCAGCUCCUUCUUCGUCAGCUAUCGUCGGAGGUUUAACUUGGACGAGGUGUUGAGGGAGUGGGCGGCCGAACAGGUGGCCUGCACCAGAGACCAGAGGGCCAGCGAUGAGCUGAUCCCUCCUCCAGAAGGAGGAGCGGAAGAGGACGAGGUGAGCAGCGGCAGCUUCACUCUCCUCACAGCUGCAGUCCACCUUCAUGAAUGUUCUGCUACGCAUCCUCAGAUGAAGAUGGAGGACUCGCCCUCUGACACCGCCGGCAGCUCCUCACCCCCUUCGUCCACCCAGACCGCCUCCUCGCUCUCUCAGCCUCCCCCGCUGCUGCGCCCCGCUCCACCCUCAGCACCUCCGAGCCUGCUCAGGCAGCCGCCUCCCCUGCAGACCCGCCCUCUCCAGAACCGGACACCCCACAACCACCCUCCCCCACCGCUGAUCCGCCCUGCUGUCUCCACCUCCGGCUCCACCACCUCACAGAUGCCUCCCUCACUGGUGGGACUGAAGAUGGAGCAGCCCACCUCGCACUGACACACACGCGCCGCAACUACCUGAACUUCCUUAAUAGAAACCUUUGGACAAUUUCCAGGCCUUUUAGUCUCCAUGGUAACUGCUGAUCAUCUGACAGCACAUGCUUAUCGUGUGUGCGUGAGAAGAUUAAAGAUGGCGGCAGCUUCUGAGAAACAGUGUGAAGAACCCUCAGCUUUAAAACUUGCUCACGCGCUACAUUUCACACAGCCACGGUGGCGGGUGGGAUAUUGAUUCCACAGCAAAGUUCAGGAUUCCAAAAUGAGAUGAAAUUAUUUUUUUGGAGGGUUAUGUGACUUAUUUUUAGUUAGAGUAGAUCUGUAGUUGUGUAGUCUCGAUACUAGACUGUGAAGCCAAAACCAUGUGAGAGAAACGUUUGACUUGGUAUUUAAGAUGAAUGUUCAAGCAUCUUUGAGAAGUUGAUGAACUAAUGGCUUUUUUUUUUCUUCUCCGUUAAGUUUGA